UGAUGGUUUUGGGUCGCCGACUCAACAAAGAAUGAUUCCUGCUCAGUCCGUCGGGGAUUUUGGCUCUCAGAUGUCGAACAGAAGAAGUUUUGAGAUCUGGGGCUUGGUUUUGCUUAUGGUGAUUCUUCUUUUAGACAAGGAUCAGGGCAAUUUGGAGGAGAAGGUGGUUUUAGGUUGCCGAAUGAGCAACAAAGAAUGAUUGCUGCUAAGUCCGUGGCGGAUUUUGGCUAUCCGAUGUCAAACAGACAAGGAUCAGGGCAAUUUAGAGCAGAAGGUGGUUUUAGGUUGCCGAGUGAGCAACAAAUGAUUGCUGCUAAGUCCGUGGCGGAUUUUGGCUCUCCGAUGUCAAACAGACAAGGAUCAGGACAAUUUCGAGGAGAAGGUGGUCUUAGGUCGCCGAGUGAGCAACAAAGAAUGAUUGCUGAUCAGUUCAUGGGGGCUUUUGGCUCUCCAGUGUCGGACAGACAAGGAUCAGGACAAUUUGGACAAGGUUACUGUUCUAGUCCCGGAAGCCAUGAAAGAGAAGAUUUAGUCUCUAAAAAGAUUUUCGUGACAUUUCGACCUAAGAGCUCCUUCACAAAUGAAGACGUCUCAACUUAUUUCAGCAAAUUUGGAGAAGUGAAAUGUGUGGAUCUUCCAAAACAUCAGGAAGGAAAGUUUGGUUUUGUCACUUUCACUAAUGCUGAAACCGUGAGAACCAUAUUGGAUGAAGAAAACUCUCAUGUCAUCGGUGACUCAGUUGUGUGGGUAAAAGGAUACUGAAAGGAAACCGCUUGUCUCCUUCCCUAACUUCGAGUACACUCAGUGUCAGAGGAAACCCUUUGUCUCCUUCUUUAACUUCGAAUACACUUGGAGUAGAAGGUGGUUACUGUCAUAGUCCAAGAAGGCAGCAAAGAAAAGAUUCAGUCUCUAGAAACAUUUACUUGACAUUUCCACCUGAAAGCUCCUUCACUGAUGAAGACGUCUCAAAUUAUUUCAGCAAAUUUGGAGCAGUGGAAGAUGUAGACAUUCCAUAUCAGCAGAAACGGAUGUUUGGGUUUGUCACUUUUGCUAAUGAUCAAACCGUGGGAAAAAUAUUGGCUCGACAAAACCCUCAUCUCAUCGGUAGCUCAUGGGUGACCGUUAAACCAUACAAGGGGAAAGAAGAAAGGGAGCAAGACACAGGAGAUGCUGCGAAGGGAAACCGAGCAAGCUGAUGUACAAUUUUGCCUGAAAUGGAGAAUCUCUCUAUUCACCAUCACAAGCAUAGUCCUUCUACCGGUUCGCCCGCUCAUUUACUGUCUCAAGUCAAGGAAGGCAAUAGUGAUAGAGUUGAGCAAGUAGAAAAAAGCAACGAAGAAAAUGAUUACAGUAGCUAUAUGUUCGAAGGGCGAGAGUGGCGUGUGGAGAAUAGCUUGCUUCGUUUCCCAAAACAAUCUAGCAAAACACCGCAAACCAAGUCUGAUACCGAGCAAGAUAAGGAAGUGUCAUCAGAUCAAGCAGCCUAGUUUAGGCAGCACAACAAGUGAAAG